CAUCUGAUGAAAAUAUGUUUCAACCUGUCCACGCCAGCAUCCAGCUACCUCGACUAGCUUCUGCCUUGUAACAGAUGAAUUUGCACCAGAAAUGCAACCUUUGAACUUCCUCCACUGUAAAAGCUUGUUGAAGCAGACAAAUGAGGAGAUUCACAGCCCACCUGAAGCCCAGGAGAACACUCCGCCUGAGCAGGCAUGCCAGCGGAGGCCCCUGCUAAUUAUCAGGCCCCUCUUCAUGAGUGACAUCUGCCUCCUACCCCUCUAUUAGGACAUCACCAGCGGCUUGAAGAAAAAAAAAGAAGGAGAAACCAAACAACAACGAGGGCUUCCACUAUGCUCUUAAUAACAAAAUAUGAACUGAAAUCCAAGUUCAGCUGCAAUUAUUUCAGCAUGGUGCCUAAACAGGCAUGGUGAUGGUUCGUCUGUCGAAUGGCUGCCCUUUGGUGACCUUGUCCAUCUGAGGCAUCUGUGGCUCAGUGGAGCGUUUCUUGGCCGUCUCAUGCUCUAUCAGUCCCAAUGACGGAACACAGCACCCGACUGGACCCACAUGGCCAUAAGGGGUGCUGAAGUCAACCCGAUCCGACAGCCUAGCUCACUUCUCUGAAAUAAGGUCAACACUGGGGUCAUUCAGCACCUAGAGUUACCCUGGGUAAUGCUGGAUAAACUCAUGACAUGAAGCCUCCCUGGAUGUCCUUUCGAUUGCCAUUGUACACAAGGACAGGUUCAGUAAAAAGGGAACAGGAGUCAUUCUGCCCUCAUCUCCUGCUGGAGACAGCCAUCAGACACAACAGGGUGAUGCUGCUUUCAGUUUCCAUGGAAAUCCAAGUCACAUGGUGUAUUGCAGUCAUGUCUGAAGGACCAAAAAAGGCCAAAUCCAAGUUCUCAGCAACACGCAGACUUCUGCUGAAGAGCAAACUGCUGAAAAAGGCAGAAAGCUUGCUGGUGAAAGAAAAAGAGCAGAAAGAAGUGGAGAGAGAAAACACCCUGAGGGAGAGAGCGCCGCCCCUCAAUCUCUCAGGCCUGUCGGUCCAAGAGCUGCAGGAGCUUUGUAGAGAUUUGCACCACAAGAUUGACAUUGUGGAUGAAGCGCGGUAUGACCUCAAUAUAAAAGUCACCAGAAAUGAAGCAGAGAUUCUCUCAUUAACCCAGAAGAUCUAUGAACUGAAAGGAAAAAUGAAGCGGCCGAACUUGAGAAGGGUGAAGAAGUCGGCGGAUGCCAUGCUGGGAUCGUUCACAGACACCAGAGUCAUGAAAGCUGACUUCAAAGCCAACCUCAAAACAGUUAAAAAGGAAGAAGAAAAGAAGGAAGAGGUCACAGACUGGAGGAAAAAUGUGGAGGCGAUGUCAGGCAUGGAGGGCAGGAAGAAGCUUUUCGAUGCCGGACAGUAGACGAAGGCGUGAAAAGAGGUUGCAAAUGAUAAAGGGGCAUUGGCAUACAAAGCUCAUGUUGUUUGUUUGAAUUUUAAUCACCUUCAACAUUUUAUGGUAAAUUAUUCAUUUAUUCUGUCAACCAGCUAUGGCUUCCAUGCAACAUUAAAGGAAUAGUUCACCCAAAAUAUUUUGAAGAUUUACUCACCCUCAGGCCAUCCAAGAUGUAGUUUGUUUCUUUAGCAGAGCAGAUUUAGAGAAAUGUAGCAUUCCAUCGCUUGCUCACCAAUGGAUCCUCUGCAGUGAAUGGGUGCCGUCAUAAUGAGAGUCCAAACAGCAUCACUCCAGUCCAUCAAUUAAUGUCUUGUGAAGAGAAAUAAGUGUGUUUAUAAGGAAGUCCAUCAAUAAGGCAUUUAACUUUAAUCCGUCACUUAUUGCCAACAUAUGAGUGCAUAAUCCACAAUAAUGCUUCCUUCAGUGAAAAAAAAAACAUCUUCUGUUCUCCUCUCGCAUCAAAAUUUACCAACAUACAGUAUUUGUUUAGAAUUGAUUUGGACUGGUUGCACUUGUAAACAGUGCUUGAUCUGUGCAUAUAUCUCUCCUGAUUCAGAUGAGAUUACGUCUUCAUUGGAGAAAGAAAUAUUAUGGAUAGAGGACUUGUAUUUUAGCCUGAAGCACCAGUUUAAAGUUUAAAAUCUCUUAAUUAUGGAUUUGAUUCUUACAAACGCACAGUUUUUACUUCACAAGCUGUUAAAUAAUGGACUGGAGUGGUGUGAAUUACUUGAGGACUAUUGUGAAGUUUUUAUCAGCUGUUUGGACUCUCAUUCUGACGGCACCCAUUCACUGCAGAGGAUCUAUUGGUGAGUAAGUGAA